AUGAGAUUAUUAGCUUCUUCUAUUUUGUUUAUUCUAGCUAUUGCUAAUGUAUCUGCUUUAUCAUCCAAAGAUGCUUAAUAAUGCCAAACUUCAGCUAAGAAUUCUGUUUAAACACUUUGCUUACCAGCUGACAUAGAUUGUGCUCUUGCCUUAAAAAGUGUUGCAAAUUGCUUAAAAUUAUGUACUUAAGGUCCUAGUUAAAGUGAUAGCUAUAUCCUUAAUUGUGCUAAAACUAAUUGUACAACAAGUAAUUUAUCUGUUUAGUCCUGGGUAAGUAAAUUUAUUUCUUGUCUCCACUUAGGAAAACUCUCACUUAGUUUCCUUUUAUUAGCUCUAUUUGCUAUUGUUUUUUGA